GUCCUCUCUGAAUUGGUCAUUUCCUUCCCUACCAGUGAUGUGGGGAAAGGGGGCUUGAAUGGAAAGACCUCCCCGGGCCCGGAAGCCAUGUCACUGAUGCCAGCCCUCCAUUGCUACCCUCUCCAUCCAGGGGUCAGGCCCCCAGUCAUGGCGGAACUGUGCCGCAGGGACUCCACGCUGACAGCCCUGGGCGAGGAGAUGCUGUGGGAGAUGAUGGAGAGCCACCGUUACAAGAUUGUGCACAGCAUCUGCCCCAGUCGCCUCACCCCCUACCUGCGCCAGGCGAAGGUGCUGGGCCAGCUGGACGAGGAGGAGGUGCUGCACAGCCCCAGGUUCACCAACACCGCCAUGAGAGCCGGGCACUUGCUGGACUUGCUGAGGACUCGAGGGAAGAACGGGGCCAUCGCCUUCCUGGAGAGCCUGAAGUUCCACAACCCUGACGUCUACACCCUGGUCACCGGGCUGCAGCCUGACGUGGACUUCAGCAACUUCAGUGGGCUCAUGGAGACGUCCAAGCUGACUGAGUGCCUGGCGGGGGCCAUCAGCAGCCUGCAGGAGGAGCUGAGCCAGGAGAAGGGGCAGAAGGAGGCACUGCUGCAGCAGUGCCGGCGGCUGCAGGAGCGCCUGGGCCAGGCCGAGGCCCGCACCGAGAGCCUGUGCCAGCUGGAGGCCGACCACAGACGCAUGAAGCGCGAGGUCAGCGCCCACUUCCACGAGGUGCUGAAGCUGAAGGACGAGAUGCUCAGCCUCUCGCUGCACUACAGCAACGCACUGCGGGAGAAGGAGCUGGCCGCCACGCGCUGCCGCAGCCUGCAGGAGGAGCUGUAUCUGAUGAAGCAAGAGCUGCAGCGAGAGAAGGCGUCUUCUUCCUGUGAGCGCGAGUUUCAAGAGUGGUCCCUGAAGGUGGCCAGCAUCCUGGAGCCUGGAGACGAGGAGCUAAACCGCCUGAAGGAGGAGAAUGAGCAACUCCGGUCACUGACUUUCAGCCUAGCGGAGAAGGACAUUCUGGAGCAGAACCUUGACGAGGCCCUGGAGAGCAAGCAGGAGCUGGUGGACCGUAUCCACUCUCUGAGGGAGCGGGCUGUGGCUGCCGAGAGGCAGCAAAAGCAGUACUGGGAAGAGAAGGAGCAGACCCUGCUCCAGUUCCAGAAAACUAAGGUGGACUGUGAGAUCUACAAGGAGAAGAUGAAUGCCCUGCAGAGCCAGGUGGUCGAGCUGCAGAAGGAGCGGGACCAGGCCUACUCUGCGAGAGAUGGAGCCCAGAUGGAGAUUUCUCAGAACCUGACCGAGAAGGACGCGCUCCGCAGGAAAGUGUUUGAGCUGACAGACGAAGUCUGCGAACUGCGCCAACAGCUCCGCAGGCAGCAGACGGAGUCACUGCCGGGGCCCAGGCAGGAAGCGGGGGCCAGGGAGCCCUGUCCGAGGGGGAAACAGCGGCUGGUGCGCAUGUUUGCCAUCUACCCGCCGGACGACAGCGACUGCAGCUGCCUCAGUUCCACUGAGUCCCAGGUCUGGUCUGACUUGAGCGCCACGUCCAGCCGCGAGCUGGUGGACAGCUUCCGCUCCAGCAGCCCGGUGCCUCCCAGCCAGCAGUCCCUGUACAAGCGGGCCACGGAGAACUUCUGGGAAGACCCCCAGUCUUUCAGUGACUUCCCGGAAACCCUGGAGAAAGACCGAGACGCCACCCCGGGAGCUAGGACGGGCAACGCAGACCUGGAUUAUGGGAUUGUAGACAGGGCAAAUCUUCCUGAGUCGGAGGGCAGCCUGCAGCCGUUCUCUGGGGGCCUCUACAUCUCGGCCAGCAACGCCCCAGUGCGGCGGAGGCCGGCCCGCAAGAUCCUGAGCCAGGUCACGGUGCUGGCCUUCCAGGGAGAUGCGUUGCUGGAGCAGAUAAGCAUCAUCGGCGGGAACCUCACGGGUAUCUUCAUUCACGGGGUCACCCCAGGUUCGGCGGCAGACGAGAUGGCCUUGCGCCCAGGAACCCAGAUUGUGAUGGUGGAUUAUGAAGCAACGGAGCCCUCGUUCAAGGCCAUCCUGGAGGGCACGACCCUGGAGCAGGCCGUUGGACUUCUCCGGAGGGUGAACGGCUUCUGCUGCCUGUCUGUGAAGGUCAACAUGGAGGGUUAUAAGAAGCUGGUCCAGGACCUAGAGGCCAAAGUGGCUACCUCAGGGGACUCCUUCUACAUUCGGGUCAACCUGGCCAUGGAGGGACGGGCGGAGGGGGAGCUGCAGGUGCGUUGCAAUGACAUUCUGCACGUCACAGACACCGUGUUCCAGGGCCGCGGCUGCUGGCACGCCCACCGCAUCAGCCCAUACAGCAUGAAGGGCACCGAGCAUGGCACCAUCCCCAACUACUCACGGGCUCAGCAGCUGCUCAUCGCACUCAUCCAGGACAUGGCUCAGCAGAGCACCAUCACCCGCAAGCAGUCUUCCGGGGUACCCCAGAAGUUGGUCCGCAUCGUCAGUGUGGACAGAACCAAGGCUGGCCCUCUGGGUUCAUCCUUUGACGGGGCCCAGUCAGACCCCAGCAGGGUGGAAGGUGAGGCGGAGCCCUCCCUCGUGCGCUUCUGGGUUGAGAGCUGCUUCACCCUGGUGCCCUACACCCUGGUGCACCCCCACAGGCCUGGCCGGCCCCGGCCCGUGCUCUUGGUGCCCAGGGUGGUCGGCAGGAUCCUGAGCGAGAAGCUGUGCCUCCUCCAGGGGUUUAAGAAAUGCCCAGCAGAGUACUUGAGCCAGGAAGAGUACGAUGCAUCCAGCCAGAGAGGGGAGAUCAUCCAGGAGAGGGAGGCAUCUGGCAGCCACUACUGGGUGACCUGCCGAGCAGUCGAGUCCCUCAUGGAAAAGAACACCCACGCCCUCCUGGACGUCCGGCUGGACAGUGUCUGUGCCCUGCACAGGAAGGAGAUCUUCCCCAUCAUCGUCCACGUCUCUGUCAAUGAGAAGGCGGCAAAGAAACUCAAGAAGGCCCUGCAGCGGCUCAGCACCUCGGAGGAGCAGCUCCUGGAGGCCAGCAGGCAGGAGGAGGGCGAGCUGGACAAAGUGCCCUGUCUGUACAGCAGCCUGGCCCCUGACAGCUGGAGCGACCUGGACACCCUGCUUGGCUGUGUCCGCUCAGCCAUCGCAGACGAGCAGAAGAAGGUUGUGUGGACAGAGCGGAGCCCCCGCUGACGCCCCUCGCAUCCCCUCCCGGGGCUGUGGGACCUUCUCGUCCCAGUUAAUACAGUCCUGUCCUUUCAGCUCAGGGCCUCGCAGGCACAGCUUUGGGGGUGCUUACCACACAGGCCCAGCUCGCCGGCCAUCGGCUCUCCUCGCUCGUUGGGGUCUAACCUUGACCCCUCACCACAUGCAGAUCACAAACAGGCAUUCGCACCACCGGCUCACUUUCUGUGUAAACUGUCUCCGUCCCUCACGGGGG